AAUUGGCUUUACAUUUUACUCUUACUCCAGAGAUAUUUCAUAUAGUAACUAUCUAUAAGAUCAAACUCAGUCUCUUUAAUAAAGGUAUAUUUCAUUUCAUUUUCAUACAGUGUAUAAUUGUUAAAAAAAUGUCAUACUUUACAUUGGAUGCAAAGCAAACCAUACUAUACACUAAUGUACUGUAUUAUAUUCUUUAUUGUAUUUUUUAUAUCUCAUUGUAUUAACCGUACAACUGCAUGUUUGUGACACCUAUACUGUUAAACCCAUUUUGUCUAAUUUUCCAGAGGACUUUAGAAAUUACUAUGAAAUAUAGCUCUCUUAUUCAAAGGUACAUAUUAUUAAUUUUUUCCUAAGUAUGCAAAACUUGAAUAUAUAACAUAAACAAUACAUCACAAUACACAAAAAGUUACAAACAUUAAUCGUUGUUAUAAAACAUGAGAGUAAAAGUAACAAAUGUUGUGAGACCUAACUUUUUAAAAUUUUUGUUGGGAAUAAUAAAAUAGCCUAAAAGUACAGAAUUUAAUAAUAGACAAUAAUAAAAUCUAUAACAUUUACUAAAAAUAAAAAAAAAAUUAUAUUCUACUAACAAUAUAGAAUAGCAAUCUGACAAAAAAACACAGUGCAUAGGGCCUGUACAAAAUAAAGCUUUACAUACAUGCCCAGAAUGUGUUAUGUCAUAGCAAUCUUAUCAACUGUCAUCAAUAUGUCACAGUACCACUUGCGAAUAGUGCACUGUAGUGGUUACAGAGCUUAUCGCAAGAUAACCGAAUCAAGCAAUGUUAGCAUGGCUGCUGCUUGGAUGGGUGACUGCUACGUGCUCCUGUCCAUACAAACAGUCUGCCUGCCGGGCCAUUGGGUUCCAGGUUGUGUGUUAGGGAGAGCUUCUUAGCCCUAACUUCUCAUCUGGUUAAACAUUUGAUAUAAACAUUUGUAAAUGUGUAUGCUUACCUGAAUGAGGAUUAAAACAUUGAAGUGAAACAUUUAACAAGACUGGGAAAAUGAUUUAUAUACAUAGAGAGAGAUAGAGACAAAGAGAUAACAGUGAUUGCACAACUAGAGAUAAGUACAGAAACUGUUAAACUGUCUCAGUGACAAUAUUAUUGUCGGUUCGAAGUUCAGUAUCUGACUAGUGAGUGAGUAGUGAUUACUGAAUGGGCAAUAACCAUGUGAUAAAGUGAGCAAUGGCAGUGUGUGACAGAGGAGUUAGCAACAGCUGACUGGCUGUGACCUUGAGCCCAGCUGACACAACCUCAGUAUGAUGGAAGCCAGGCCCAGCAAGGUACUGUCAAUACAAGGCCAUGUGGUAUCUGCCUGUGACAUAGCAGCCUACACCUUACAAAUAUUAGGAAUAGAGGUGUGUUCUCUGCACUCAGCCCAGGUUUCCAGCCCUAUCUCUCAGCCAGGAUGGAAGGGACAAGUAUUACAUCAAAAAGAAUUAGAGGAGCUGAUGGGCGGUCUUGCAGCGAAGUCACUGGACAGGGACUUCACGCACCUCCUCACUGGCUACAUCGGCUCCAGUUCCUUUCUCAAUCAUAUCCCUGAGUUAAUCAGGCAGUUGCGCCAACAUAACAGCAACCUCGUCUUUGUGUGUGAUCCAGUACUGGGUGACAAUGGGAGAAUGUGUGUGCCAGAAAGCUAUGUGGACAUAUACAGAGAUUAUAUCAUUCCUUUGGCAGAUAUCGUCACUCCUAAUCAGUACGAGGCAGAACUGUUGACAGGUAAGCCAAUAUUGGAUGCAGACGAUGCCUGGACUGUCAUCGACAACAUACAUUCGAUGGGCUGUCCAUCUGUAUUCCUGUCUUCUGCUCACCUUGGUUAUGAUGACUACCUUUUGGGGUUUGCAAGCAGGGUUUCAGGUAAAAAGAAGACAACAGCGACACUCAAAUGUCCACUGGUACAUACCAGUUUCACUGGGACAGGUGAGCUGUAUGCUGCUCUAGUGCUGGCCUGGAUGUCCCGAACUGGUGAUGAUGUAGUGGCAACCUUGGAACACACCACAGCCACUGUUCAGGCUGUCCUCAACCGUACUUCCCAGUCUGCCACGGGCAAGAAUGGUGAAGGCGCUGGUAAGAAAGGACCUUAUCACUUGAAAUUGAUCCAGAGCAAGAGCGACAUUGAAGAGCCAAAUAUUAUUGUUAAAUGCAAAUCCAGCCUUGACAGUGAUGUGGAUUGGCAGUAACAGAAAUAAGUAUUUCUGUAAAUUCAGUAUUAUAUAUACUGUACGAAGAUUUUAUAUUUUUACAUUCUAUUCAGUAAAAUAAUUAUCAUAUUCAACCAAUAUUCAAUAUUGGUUUAAUUGCAAUAAAAUAAUUGUUAAUUGCAGUAUUUUUAUCAAUACUAAUAAAAGUUCAAGAAAUAUAUUUAUAUGCAAAAAACUUUUAUUAUAUUAUAUGUGUAAUAAUUUAUACAUACCUAUUAUUUGUCUAAUUAGGGGACACCCCUGCCAGCUUUUUUGAACAACCCUCUCUCUUGCUGUGCUCACUCGUUUCUACUGCAUUUAAAUUAGUUUCAUUUUAUAUCUUAUUAAAUUAAUCAGGGCACUUUUCUUAAAUAUCACGGUUUUAAAUGCGUGAAUUUAUUAUUAUUAAUAUGCAAUCAAAAUGUGUACUAAGCCCUUGUAUAAGCGAUAUAAUUAUUUAUAACUGUGUGAGUUAACUAUUUGCAAGAGAACAAUUUGUUAGCUUGAAUCAGUAUUGUUCUAGAUAUUCUAAGUAUUGUUUACCAAAACCUUUUUUACAAAUAAAGAAUAAAAUGGA